CUCAAGAACCCUGGCCUGCCAGCACCUGUUCCGGCUCCCAGCCCAGCAUGGCACCCCUGCUGCCCAUCCGGACCUUGCCCUUGAUCCUGAUUCUGCUGGUGGUGCUGUCCCCAGGGGUUGCAGAGUUCAACAUCUCAAGCCUCUCUGGUCUGCUGUCCCCGGUGCUAUCGGAGAGCCUGCUGGUUGCCUUACCACCCUGUCACCUCACAGGAGGCAACGCCACACUGAUGGUCCGGAGAGCCAAUGACAGCAAAGUGGUGAAGUCCAGCUUUGUGGUGCCUCCGUGCCGUGGGCGCAGGGAACUGGUGAGUGUGGUGGACAGUGGAGCUGGCUUCACAGUCACGCGGCUCAGUGCAUACCAGGUGACCAACCUUGUGCCAGGAACCAAAUACUACAUCUCCUACCUAGUGAAGAAGGGGACAGCCACUGAGUCCAGCAGAGAGAUCCCAAUGUCCACACUCCCUCGAAGGAACAUGGAGUCCAUUGGAUUGGGCAUGGCCCGAACGGGGGGCAUGGUGAUCAUCACAGUGCUGCUCUCUGUUGCCAUGUUCCUGCUGGUCCUGGGCUUCAUCAUUGCCCUGGCACUGGGUGCCCGCAAGUGAGGAGGUCCACCCAGAACACUGGCUUCUCCAGGAAGCCCCGGACACCGUCCAGCUCCCAACCCUGCCUACUCCCAGGCCCAGGCCUGUGGCUCCCUUGGUGCCCCCACCUCCUCCUCCUGUCCCCCUCUCCCCGAGAACCUUCUCCUCCCUCUGUCCCUCUCCUUGCCCCCAGUGCCUCACCUUCCAAUACUGUUAUUCCUCUCACCUCACUCCUGCCAGAAUCAACUUUCCUCCCAUUUUAUCACUUCAAACCCCUGCAUAACAAUUCCCCCUCCUUCCGUGAACUAAGUCCCUCUAAUAAAGGCUGAGGCCAUCUGCCA